CGGCCGGCCCCGGGCAAUCGGAGGUCCUACGUACCGCGGCCUGGCCGAAGAGCCCCCCUAGACAUCGCCCGCGCGCGCUCCCCGUGCUGCAGGAGCCCGCUCGCCGCGCCCGAGCCCUCCGGCCUUCGUCUCUCGGGUCUCUCCGUCUUCUCUCGGCCACCGAGGGAAGAAGGCGCCCUCUCCUUAGCGGGCCCGGAGCUGCAGAAGCAACGCGGGGCGCGGCCGAGGGGAGGAGAAAGGAGAGGGAGCGGAGUCGGCUCGGGCCUGGCGGUGACUCGCGGGGCUGCGCCUCCGCCAAUCUGCGGGCGCUGACGCGGGGGGCGGCUCCGCGGCUCUCCGAUAUCUGCCGGCCCGGGCGCGGGGCGCCGAGAGGCUCGGCCGCGCGGGCGCUGCGCUCCGGGGACGGCCGCUGCACCUGCCCGGGGACCUCCCCGGCCGCUCCGUGCGCCCCCAACCCCGAACCCGCCCCCUCCUUGUCCCCGCGGCCCUGCGCCCUGCUCCCCCUCCAGGUCCCCGCCUCCGGACCGCGGCGUGAGAGAGACGAGCCUUGCCCGAAGGAGCCGCCCCUUCUCCGCCUGGCCAGCCCGGCGCCUGGCGCGGCCCACGGAGCCGCGGAGGGGACUGCGCCGCGCCAUCUCCACCGCCACCCCCAGGCCGCCGCGCCCUGGCCUAGAUGGGCCGCAGCGUCGGGCCCCUGCGCGCCGGAUGAGCGCAGAGACCACAAGCCGGCCGCUGAGUGCGCGGGGCCUCACCCGGCUGCGCACCCAGCUCCGCGGACGAGGGCCGCUAGGCCCGGCCGCCGAGGGCGCGGCCACUCCGGAGAGGCGAGAGGGAACGGCCCCGAGAUGGCCCGGCGAGCGGGCUCUUUGGCGGUGGGCGCCCUACACGUGGUGCGGGCCGGGGAACAGCCCUGGAGCUGGUAGCUGUCCGACGCCAGAUGGACCUUGACCUGUGCCUGGGCACUGCGUUCGUGCCAAGCCAAGACUAGCCGGGGCACGGGCGGAGCGCGCUCUAGGAGGUCGCCCGGAGCCCAGGCCGCGCUCGCCGGCGCGGCCAUGAAGAUGAUCCUGGUGCGCAGGUUCCGCGUGCUCAUCCUGAUGGUGUUCCUGGUGGCCUGCGCGCUGCACAUCGUGCUGGACUUGCUGCCCAAACUGGAGCGGCGCGCCGUGCGGCCCUCGGGGGAACCCGGUUGCUCGUGCGCGCAACCCGCGGUCGAGGCGGCGGCGCCUGGCUGGGCCAAGGCGCGGGGCCGCCCCGGGGAGCCCCCGGCCGCCUCGUCCGCGGCUGGCGACGCAGGCUGGCCCAACAAACACACGCUGCGUAUCCUGCAGGACUUUAGCUCCGACCCUGCCUCCAACCUCACAUCCCACUCUCUGGAGAAACUGCUGGCCGCAGCCGAACCGGCCGAAGGCGCCUUGCAGGGGCAGGAGCCCGGCAGUCCCCGGCGCCGCGAUCCCGCGCACCGGCCACUGCUCCGAGAUCCUGGGCCCCGUCGGUCGGCGCCGCCCCCUGGCCCGAGCGGGGACAGCUCUCUCCUGGCUAGGCUGUUUGAACACCCACUCUACCAGGUGUCGGUUCCGCCGCUGACGGAGGACGACGUCCUCUUCAAUGUGAACAGCGACAUCAGGUUCAACCCCAAGGCGGCAGCUGAGAAUCCUGACUGGCCACGUGAAGGCACUGAAAAUGAAGAAUUCUUGCCCACGGGGGAGGUGGCAGUGGACUCCUACCCCAACUGGCUUAAGUUCCACAUCGGCAUUAACCGGUAUGAGCUCUACUCCAGACAUAACCCAGCAAUCGAAGCCCUCCUGCGUGACCUCGGUGCUCAGAAGAUAACCAGUGUCGCCAUGAAGUCGGGGGGCACGCAGCUCAAGCUCAUCAUGACGUUCCAGAAUUAUGGGCAAGCACUGUUCAAACCCAUGAAGCAAACGAGGGAGCAGGAGACACCCCCUGACUUCUUUUAUUUCUCUGACUAUGAGAGGCACAACGCAGAGAUCGCUGCCUUCCACCUGGACAGGAUCCUGGACUUCCGCCGGGUCCCCCCCGUGGCCGGCAGGAUGGUCAACAUGACGAAGGAGAUCCGGGAUGUGACGAGGGACAAGAAGCUGUGGAGGACCUUCUUCAUCUCCCCAGCCAACAACAUCUGCUUCUAUGGCGAGUGUUCCUACUACUGCUCCACGGAGCAUGCCCUGUGCGGGAAGCCGGACCAGAUAGAGGGCUCGCUGGCAGCCUUCCUGCCAGACCUGUCCCUGGCCAAGAGGAAGACGUGGCGGAACCCCUGGCGGCGCUCGUACCACAAGCGCAAGAAGGCAGAGUGGGAAGUGGACCCCGACUACUGUGAGGAGGUGAAGCAGACACCCCCCUAUGACAGCAGCCAUCGUGUCCUGGACAUCAUGGACAUGACCAUUUUUGACUUCCUCAUGGGGAACAUGGACCGCCAUCACUAUGAGACUUUUGAGAAGUUUGGGAACGAGACAUUUAUCAUCCACUUAGACAAUGGGAGAGGGUUUGGGAAACACUCCCACGAUGAGCUGUCCAUUCUGGUGCCUUUACAGCAAUGCUGCAGGGUCAGGAAGUCCACCUACCUUCGGUUGCAGCUCCUGGCCAAGGAGGAGUACCGGCUGAGCCUGAUGAUGGCGGAGUCCCUGCAGAAGGACCGGGUAGCCCCCGUCUUGUACCGGCCACAUCUAGAGGCCCUGGACCGGCGGCUGCGCAUCGUGCUGCAGGCCAUCAGGGACUGCGUGGAGAAGGAUGGGCCCCAUAGCGUGGUGGAGGAUGACCUGGACCCUGAGCACAGAGUCCCCCCCAGCAGGUAGUGACCAAGAGCCGCCGGCCUGCCAUGGAGGAAGGACAGGCGCACCCACGCUGUGAAUUCAGUGACUUCAGGAAGGACGGGCCACUCCUGGAGUCAGGAACCGCGGGAAUGUGAGCUCCUUCGGCAGUGGGUCCGACAGGACUCACUGUAUUCGCUUUCGAGACCGGAGAAGGUUGGGGAGGGGCGCUCUGUGCUCAUGGACGAGGCAGCCUGGCGGCAGGGUCAACCCACCCUUUUUGUAUGGAAAGAAAGCCUUUAUUUACUAUUUUGUAUUUAUACAUGGUGUCUAUGUAUAUAAAGAGUGACACCUCUGCAGACCCCAGACCACCUACCAAAUGCACACAUGGGGGCCGCGCCCCUGGGGCUGGACUGUCCCGCCAAGUGCACCCACACUCUGGACCUGACUUGAAACAAACUCCCAUCUCUCCUCCCUUCCGGCGGCCCUGCAGCCAGAUGGCUGACAGCCUCGGCUUGGGCACAGGAGGCUCCCAAUGGCGUCACAGGCUGGUUGACAGACAGACUCCUGGUUUCAGAGUGACGUCAACGACCACGUCUUCCAUUUCUCAGAGCCGCCCAGCAGCACCUGUGACUUCGCUUGGCGGCCGAGGGUGCUGCUCGUCUUCUGACUUUGCUUUGAUAGCUGGUGUAAAUACAUCACAUAGGCUCCUCCGAGGGCCUCAGCAACAGGCUUAAUUUUGCGGCAUUUUUGUGGAAUAGUUUGCAAUGUGGUAAAAGUGCAAUAAAACUAGAGCAAAUGUA